GGGUUAAUUUGCAUACAUUAUGGUUACCAUAGAGGUGGCCAAUCAGGAGACAGUAAAAACCCAACCCGCAGCCUAGCGCCGGGUCUACUACCAUAACUUGUAUUGAAUUGUAUACAUCGACUCUAGUGCAGACGAAACAAACCACGUACGAACUCAAACUUUGGAAUCGAGAUAUUAGGUGAGUUAGUACAAUACUAAAAAAUGGCGUUCAUCGUGAAUAUGUUGGCAAACUUGGACUUGUCUGUUGGCCUAGGUACCGUCGUGACACUCGUCGCGUUCGUCUUGACGGCGUUGGUGUACCGACGAGUCGCCUACAACAGGAAAUACAACUGGCCACCCGGGCCAUGGGGAUGGCCUCUCAUCGGCUGUAGUCGGUUGAUCAGCAUCAGCUCCAAACAAACUCCUGCGAAUAUCACCCGAAUGGGAAAACGGUACCACCCGGAUUUGUUCACCGUGCCUUUGUUUGCUGGCAAACGCAUAGUGAUACUGAAUAGCUUCAAGGCCAUUAAAGAUGCUCUAAUCAGACAGUCAGCCUAUACUUCAGGUCGUCCAGAGAACUGGGCAUUUAAAUAUGUCAAAGAGAAACACACAAACCUCGGGAUGUUCUUUGAGAGAUAUUCAGCCUCGUGGAAAAGAGAGAAAAGAUUCAUGGUCCGGACAAGUCGUCAUUUUGGCUACGGUAUUACCAAGUCUCAAGACUUCGUCCUCCGCGAGGCCAAUCAUCUCGUUGAAUUGAUCAAGAAGAGGAAGGGCCAGCCAUUUGAAUUGCACCCACCUCUCGCUCUCUGCAUGUUGAAUGUGACCCUCUCUAUAGUCUUCAAUACCGCUUAUGAGGAGGGGGAUGAAGACUUUGGAAAGAUGUUGUUCAAUUUAAUGACGUGGUUCGCAGAAAUCUUCGCGCUUUACGACCUGGAACCCUUUCUGCCCUUCUUGGAAAGGUUUGGUCUCCACUCCAGCUUGAAGAGAGGCAAGCUAGUUACCAACGCCAUAGCUACCUUUGUACGGGACCAAAUCGACCAACACAGGGCGACGCUGGAUUCAAACCACCCCCGUGAUAUGGUGGACGAGUUCCUAAUCGAAAUAGCCAAGAACGACCCGAACGGUGACCUGCGUGAUCUUGACGAUGAGAAAUUCGUGUGGAUGUUCAUAAACCUGCUUCCUGAUCAAGCUGACACUGCCCCGUCGAUCUUCAAAUUCCUGAUGCUCGCUACCUCUGUCUUUCAGGAGAUGCAGCAGCGUGUCUUUGAGGAGAUCCAGCACGUCAUCGGUGAUCGGGAGCCUACAUUGGAUGACAGAGGCAAGCUGCCUUACACCGAAGCGGUCAUUUUGGAGGUCCUUCGCAUGGACACUCCGUUCUGGCUGUUAGUCCCACACGACACUCAAGAAGACGUGGACAUCCUUGGCUUCAAGAUUCCAAAAGAUACUUCACUCAUCCCUAAUAUCUAUGCCGUCCACAACGAUCCAGAGCUAUGGGGCGAUCCUGAAAACUUCAGGCCCGAGAGGUUCCUUGGUGAAGAUGGGCAACUCGUCAAGCCAGAGUAUCUUAUACCGUUCUCAACUGGACAAAGGCAGUGUUUUGGUUCGCAGAUGGCACAGAAGGAGUUCUUCAUUUUCUACAUCUCACUUAUCCAGAAGUUCAAGUUCAAGCUGCCAGAUGGAGAUCCGGUACCUGAAUUGAAAUCGGUGAGCUUAGUCCAUGUGUCCCCUGCUGGAUAUCGUCUCCACGCAGAGCUCAGAGAAUAGACCGCAGUGUCUGUAUACAUGUAUACGUUAUGUGACCUGCUAUAGGCAUAAUGAGGAAUAACCCCCACAAUAGACUUUUCACGUUAUGUUCAUAAUGUCAAAGCGCAAGUCAUUGGCUUUCCAAUGAUACCAAAUUUAUUUCGGUAGCAUCCAAAGAUGUGACGCAGGAACUUCAACAGUGUCCUGCCAAGUCUCGCAAAAUCCAUGUCGAGGAAAAAAGGCUGAAAAAAAAGACACGCAUUGCGCCGCCAACGGCAGUAGAAAACGUUCUUUAGCUUUACACUUUUGUGGGAAUGUUUUUCCCAACCAAAUUGCAUGGUUUGAAUUUUGGAUACCUUGGCUACUAAAAAAUGCAAAACUAUCAAUAUCGACUUUGACAUGAUUUUUCUAGUAUAUCCUUCUUCAUACGUCGUUUACUCAAAACAAGGUUUUUGGGGACAUUCCUCAUUUUGCCUCAGUUAGUCACAUAUAUGAAGAGGUUGUUACGAUUUGUUACGUGUGCGUGCACACGUGAGUGUGCGUGUACAACCACUGCCUUAUGGGGGUACUGGAACAAUGGGAGGUACCCAACAAAGAAUGCCCACCGAUUUGCAGGGGAACCGUUUUGGUACCCAACAAGUUGUUCACGAAAUAGAUAUAUGGCUUUUACUCAAAAACAAGGAAUUUCCAAGAUGGGUUGAUUUGUUGCAAAUGGAGAGUUUUAGAAAAGGGAUAUUGAGUCCGAAUUUCAGCCCAGGAAAUUAACUGUGGUUAUAAUAAAAGCAUUCUGACAUAAGUGUGCGACGUUGCAAAAUGUUAGUACACGAGAACAAAGGAAGUACUCCACUUUGCCUAAAGCGUGUGUGCACGUACUCGUAGCCACACGUACGUACACUUAUAUUAUUUACGUUUACCUUCUACGUUUGCGGUUUAUUUGACGUCUACGUGUACGAGUACGUAUGGUUUAAUUGAGAGAUUUGUCGCUUUGUUUUAAGGAUGUUUCUAAGCUAAGAUGGAAAAUAGGAAUCAUAGUUUGAAUUUCAGGUUCUGAAUAGGCUAAAAGGACAUUCUGGCAAUAUUUUGAGACUUUCCACAUUGACAAAAAAAUCAAAUAAAUCUUCGCCAAACCUUAAAAUGGAUUGAAAUUGAAAGUGCUGAGUUAUGAUGAAUCAACAUUUGGUUGAUGUUUGUGUUUUUCUGUUUUAUAUGCUUUUCUUUUUGUUUGUUUUCUGUACAAAUAGUUAUUGAGGACAAUAUUCCUCACGAGUUUCACUAAUUAAUGUAAAGUUUUCAUAUCUGACUUCGAUUAAAAAUGUACGAUUAGGCCA